AUGAGAUUAAGAGUCCGUGAACGCGAUAAAGUUCAUGUUAUUACGAAUUUAACCGAAACUUCAACAUUUUUGGAGUUGAAACAUUCAAUUCAAACACUUACUGGGAUCUCGCCUUUGCAUCAAGAACUUAAGAUAGGCUAUCCACCUCGCGUUUGUAAAGCGGGAGAUCAGGAUACUUUAAUUUCAAUUGGGAUACAAAAUGGAGAAGUAAUCAUUCUCAGUGAACUGUCCUUAUCAGAAUUGGAUAGUCAACCUAAAGCGAAUACCUCGUCCACAAAGGACACCAUAGUCAUACGUGUGGAAAAUGGAUUUGUUAUCCUGAGAGAAAUGGAAGAUGAUAAUUCUUGUCUAUUUCGUGCAAUUGGGUAUAUUUUGUUUCGUUCGAUUAAGAUUAUGCUUGAAGACAGAGUAGAAUCAACUAUUUUUGUCAUGGACCCAGAAAAAUAUUCUGACGUUGUUUUGGGCAGGUCUCGAGAUGAGUACUGUUCUUGGAUAGCGCAAAGAAAUAGUUGGGGUGGUGCUAUUGAGCUUGCCAUUUUUGCAUCCCACUACAAAGUUGUUUUUGAUAUUCAAGAAAUUCGAAGUAUAGAUGUUAAAAGCGGAAGAAUUGAUCGAUAUGGUCAAGGAAAUUACGGUCAAUGCGUGUAUAUAAUAUACAGUGGAAUACGUGAGUAUCUUUGUCUGAAGCAUCUUUCAAGCAUAUUGGUCAAUCAAUCAACCUUAUUUCAAACUUAUCUAGACUAUGAUUCCAUUGCUUUUACACCAACUACCGAGGCCAGUCCUGAAUUUGAUCAAACAAUUUUUGAUGCGUCAGAUGAGACUACUUUGACGGCCUCUACUGAAAUUGCAGAUAAAAUGAAACAAAUGCAUAAAUAUACAUACACAGCUGAUUUCACUUUGCGUUGUGAUCAAUGUAAAAAAGGACUAAAAGGGGAUAAAGAGGCAGUGCAACAUGCUAAAGAAACAGGUGGAUAUUAUUUCUUAUUAUACUUUUGA